CAGUUUUAUCUCAACCGCUAACGAAAGAACAAUGCUUUUGUUAUUUCGUGUUAGAUUUGCUUUAAAAUAUUCAAGUGUAUUGACAGCAGAUCCGCGUAGUUAGUGCUAACCUUUGUACUGGGCUGCGAGCGUUGUUGUGAGUGCGCAGUGCUUUACCGUUUGCGGGGCGUUAAUGUAGACAUUGCACUAAAUGUGGAUGUUAUUAUGAGUCACGACCGCGACCCGCCACUGUCGUACUCAUUAGUGACUGUCCGCUGAAAUCUCAUUAGUUAGUGCGUGCUAUGUUAAGUGAUUACAUUUUAAUGUCCGCGCCCGGGCUGUCGGCGUGACUGAAUCGCUUUUUAUUUAUUGUGCGGCUAGUGGACGCGCGUUUUUACCGCGUUGAGGUUGUUCGAAAGUAGUUCUGUGUGCGGAACGUCCGAGCGACUAGUGUGGUCAAGUGUUCUUUACGGCUCGGGCGGAGUGGCUCAGGUGUACAUAAAUGUCGAACGCGGUGCGAUCGCCCGUCGGCGACUGGUUCAACAGACGCACGAAUCAACUUCACCGGAGAUUUGCCAACAAUGGAAGACGAUCACAUUCCCCGCUUAGUCCGAAACUUCGGAACAUGGGGGCGAAGUCUGCUGCGGCCGAGGAAGGGGAAGUCACGCCUGCCAAAGAACUGGAACGGCUAGUCAAAGAGGUUACGUUCGGGUUGAAACACUUCUCUGACGUUAUAACAAAAAGGAAGCUAGAAAUGCUGCCUGACAACGGCACGAUAGUCUUCGAAUCUAUUGCUAAUAUACACAAAGAAAUAAAACCGUACUGCGCUCGCUCGCCGCAGCUGAUGAGCGCCGUGAAGCGUCUGUGCACGGCGCUGGCGAUGCUGAUCCGUUUGUGCGAUGAGAUCACGGCCGUGAGCUUGCGAGCCGACGCGGGGAAUGAGGAGCUGGAUACAUCUGCGGCGGCGCUGUCGCCGGAGCACGUCAGUGCGGUCGUUAAGGGCGUGACGGCGGCGGUGACGGACGUAGCGGCGUUAGCGCAACAGCACAUGACGCGGCCCGCGCUUUCCCCGCGACCGGCGCUCGUCUCGCCGCGAGCUAAUACGCAGAGGAACUCCUUGCCGGAUAUCCCUCUGACUCCCAAAGAGUUAUCGUUGCUGACGGGAGAGGGCGGCAGCGAGUCGGCCGGUGUGAGAGCCUCGCACUCCUCUGAAUCGGUGCUUGAUGCGCCCGACUCGCCCCCGCCGAAGCCAGCGAGGCCCAAUAGGAAAAUCGAGUUGGCCCCACCUUUGCCGCCCAAGCGCAAGUCUGCCAACGACAACUCCCUUCUCGCGCUGUCCAUCGACAGGCUUUCCCUACAAUCGCACAGCAGUGGUUCAUUGGACUCCAUGUUGAACGUGUCAAACGACGAGGAGCGCAACUCCCAUGAGGCCAACAACCACGACCAUGUUUUCAUCACACAGCCUAAUGAUAUGCUAGGCGUGUGCAGCUGCAACGCGGCGGGCGAGCUGCGCGCGUCGCUGGAGGCGCACGAGGCGCACGCGCACGCGAACGCGCACUCCAACCACAACCGCUUCUCCAAUGAGUCCGGGUUUGUUUCUGUGGGCCACACGGAGAUCUCUACAGAACACAGUUUCACAUCUUCGUUCUCCUCGCAUCAUUACUCCAGCCACUCAGAUAGUCAUUUUGACAGUACAGACUGUGUGAGCGAAUUGAGAUGCACUCGACAAAGCUUUGAGAGCCGCAUGAAUAUAAUGAAUAUGAACAGUGUAGCCACGCACCAUUCUUCAAAGCUGGCCAGCAUCACGUCGGACGAGAGCGAGACGCCGCCCGAGCUGCCGGCCAAGACGCGCCGCAACAUUCGCGCCGACGUGCAGCAACACUUCCCCACUGUCGAAAUCAGACAAACUCCAGUGUGUUCCCUCCAUGGCGAGGCGCGGCCGCACACGCUGGCCGACCACCACCCGCCGCGCCCCCCGCCGCUGCCUCUGAAGAAAAAACACAUGUUCCAAAGCGUCGCGUACAGUGUAAUGGCGUACAUGGAGAUGUUUGGGAACUGCAGUCACCCGCCGAACAGCGCGGCCGCCCCGUCGGAUAUGUUCCGGCACUCCAUACACACGUAUAACUUGGCCAGUGGACAACAUGCAACAGCAGCAGGAGUGAUAAAUGUCCAAAGACACCAACACGUACAGCGCACUAUAGCGCAGUCCUUCACGGUCCAGCAUUUUGGUACGCCACCGCUAAGUGGUUCCGAUGAAAGUAUGGUCGGAUGGAGUGGAACUAGUCCGUUACCAAUAGAACCUCCAGCGUUACCGCCCAAAACAAACAAAAAUAAACAGAUCCAAAUGAAUUCGAGCAACGAACUAUUGCCUCCGCCGUCACCACGGCCCUCGUCUCACAACAGCUCUGCUGAUGAAUCUAUUAUAAAUAAUGUGAAUUCUGACGAUUCUUACGUGAGUUCGACCACGCCUGGUAAAUUCCCAGUGGAAGAUGAGUUGGAGACGCUCGCUCCGCCGCCUGCGCCUUCGCCGGUGCCGUCAACGAGAAGUGAAGGCAGCACUGAGCCGGCAGUACCUGCUACUGAAACUAACAAUACUCCAGCAGCGUCCACUGAUGCCGAAGACAUAAUCAUUCAGACGGACAUCAGCUCGUGGCUACUCCUCAAGGCUCCCAGCAAGGACGGGCCUGAGGUGCGGGGAGGGAACCCCGACGCACUUAUUGUCCUUGCUACCAAAGCUACCAAAGAAACGGACGAGUAUUUCGCUUACCAGGAGGCGUUCCUGGCCACGUACCGCACGUGGGUGUCGCCGAGCGGGCUGGUGGCGCGGCUGGUGCGGCGCGCCAAGCACUUCAGGCCGCGCCCGCACGAGUUGCGGUCUACGCUUAGUCUGCUCACACGCGUGGUUGCCGACCUCACGAUGUCGGAUCUGGAUCGUCCAUUGAUGCAAGAGAUAAUGGAGUUCAUCUAUUGGCUAGUCGAGGUUGAGGAGCUGCCAAUAGCAAAAGCACUGAGGCAAAUACUAGUCGACAAACAAAAACAGUUGCACUUCCAACAGACGAACAACAGAUACGAGUACGACACUCCGUGCUACGGUUCUGUGUCGCUACGUCGCGAUACAUUGCUCGACUUCAAGGCGACGGAGUUAGCAGAGCAGAUGACUUUGUUGGACGCAGCACUGUUUGUGAGGAUCACGACCGCGGAGGUGCUUUCGUGGCCGCGAGACCAGUCCGAAGAGAGCUCGCCGAACCUGACCAGGUUCACGGAACACUUCAAUAAGAUGAGCUACUGGGCGAGAUCGAGGAUAUUGGAACAGGACGAAGCGCGUGAACGCGAGAAGUACGCCAGCAAAUUCCUGAAGGUGAUGAAGGCGCUGCGCAAGAUGAACAACUUCAACUCGUACCUGGCGCUGGUGUCGGCGCUGGACUCGCCGCCGGUGCGGCGCCUGGGCUGGCCGCGCGCGCUCAUCGAGGCGCUGCAGGACCACUGCGCCAUCAUCGACUCGUCCUCCUCCUUCCGCGCCUACCGCAUGGCGCUCGCCGAGACGCAGCCGCCCUGCAUACCCUACAUUGGCUUAGUCCUGCAAGAUCUGACGUUCGUCCACAUCGGGAACCCGGACCUGCUGCCCGACGGCAGCAUCAACUUCACCAAGCGGUGGCAGCAGUACCACAUCAUGGAGAACAUGAAGAGGUUCCACAAAGACAGACAGUACAAGUUCAAGAAGAACGAGCGCAUCCAAGCCAUGUUCAACGAGUUCGACGACGUGCUGAGCGAGGAGGCCAUGUGGCAAGUCUCCGAGACCAUAAAGCCGCGCGGGGGCCGAGCGCGCGCGCCGCCCGCCGCGCCGCCCGCCACGCAGCAGGCUGCCGCCUAACUAGACUGGUGCCCGACUGCCGCUGAAUAAUAUGAAUCCCAAAGAUAGAACAAAAUAAUGGACGGAAGAAACAAUCCGCUCAAGAAAAUGACUAGGAGGAAUUGUGUAAGUUAGAAGAAUUGUGAUUAUCUGUCCUAAAAAGGCCUAAUUAAUAUUAGUGUAUUUAUUCGUAAUCGUGCGAUUUCAUCUGUGAUCGGUAUUCGGUCUGAGAGCGAAUGAGUCGUGGGCGGUCCGACGACGCCACGCGUGGUGCAUUUUAUUCGCUUGCAGUUUCCACGCUUUUCAUGUGAAAAAAAAAUAUAACGAAAUACGAAAGCCAAAUAUAUCUAUCAGUAUUUGAAUCGAGUUACUGUCGUCUUUUACAUAUCAGCAUGUGACUUGAAUAGUUUACUAAAAAAUCGAGCAACGCCUUCGUGUUUAGCUAAUGUCAUUGAUAAAAAAACUUGUUGUACUCGCCAUUGGUGUCAAUAUGUAUACACAUGUAACAGCUUCGAAAGUUAACACUUUUCAAUACAUCGAAUUAGAGGAACUUUGAGAUCGUGUAGUUAUGGUAGUCAUACUACUGUUUGAUUAUAGUAACUUAGUCCGUCGUUCGUUAGGCAUUUCUAAUGUUCUCGUUUUAAUGUCGGUUACAUAAUAUUACUAUAUGGCGAAAGUUUUGAAAUUGGCUUAUGCGUAAGUUCGUAUAAGAAAUGGGACAGCUUCUUGGGUUUUCAGCUAAAUCGAAAUAAAUUUCGUUCUUUAUGCGGGGCUUCCAUAGAAUAAAUGAAAUAAAACUUUAACCCCGAUGAUUUGAUGAUACACACCUCUAGACAAGUAAUACAGACUAUAUGCAUACAUAUUUUUAUACCAUUGCGCAAUGUGCAACAGCCUACAUACAACUGAUACAUAUCAUUAUCGUGUGUGCCAAAUAACUAAGUGAGAGAAAUGUCCCAUUUCUGUAUAAAUAAAUCGGUUCAUCGAUAUAUAAUUACGAUUAAUAAUGAUAGUGCUUUAUGCGAUAUAGUACAAUUAUUAUUAUUAUUAAUAUAGGGGCAUCCUUUCGAAUUUGUGGUAUAGCUCUCAGGUACAAAGUUGCACGCAAGUGAGAUUUUGCAUUUAAUGAAGCACGUUAUUAAACGAGUUGUAGGAUACCCCUUCAAAUUGCAGUCGACGUAAACGUAAUAAAACACAUUCCAAUGAAUGUGUAUUAUCGAUGCCCGUCUCUUCUAUUUUUGUGAUGUUUUAAAGUAAUUGUAACGCGAGGUCUUUGUUGGCGUUAGCGUUUCGCGUUGAAGCAUUUUAAUCGUAUCAUUACGGUCAUUGCGAUAUUUUUUGUAUUCUCUUGAAAUUAGUAAGAAAUUCAAUGCAUACUAUUAUUUUUGAUAUUCAGGAGUUAUAUUUUUCCUAUAGUUUGCUACCUACAAGGAAGCAAAAGAUUUAUGAGUAACAUACUUUUGAGAUCUAUACUUAUUUAUACUAAACGUCACGGUUUGUGUCAUUAUACUGUGUAAGCUUUAGAAACAGUAUAGGCUAUGAAGCCGUAGAUAGAAUGUAACUUUGGAACAUGUUGAAGUUCACUCGGUUUGAUAUAGAAACAAUAAUCACAUUUUUAAAUAUAUUGAUAGGAAAAUAAACAAAUACCUAGUGUAAUCAGCAUUUAAUUUGCCUUAAGACCAAGAGUCUUCAAUGAAAUAGCAAUAAAUUUUACUUGUUGGUAGAAUCGCUGCACAAAUUGUGAUAUUCAUGUAGCGUGCCGCUUAAGUCCAGGGCACUCGAAAGUUGUCCAAAAUGUGCAUUGUAAUAAAUUUGUGGCUAACUGGUAUUGAAACAUAACACGUAUAAGAAAUUACGUGAUUUAUCUGAAUAUCUGUACCUGAAAACUAUUGUUGUGAUGUUUUAGUGCACAUUUUAAACAACUUCCGCGAGUCCAGGAUUGUUCAGUCUUUUGACGUCCUCUAUGCGUACGCGUAGGCAAUUAUAUUAGGCAAAUAUUAGCAGUAAGCGUAAUUAAACCCCAAAUAUUGAUAAUAUUAUGAUCGUCGAGGCCGGUAUUGCACAUAGGCAAAAUGUGUAUUUAGUGUAAAAACCAGUCAGUUCAUACAAGCCUUAUUGUUGUACGAUUAUAUAGCAAAAAUAAUAAAUACAUACAGUUGCGAUAUUUAUUUUAAUUAAUACACCAAUGAGGGGAUAUAACGUGGGCACAUUUUAAAUUGAACCAUUUAUUUUCUGAAUCAAGGUGUGAUUGUGACUUAUGAAAUAUGAUGUUUUAAUGAUUUUGUUCGUAACCAUCUAAUAUUCAGAUGGUUAUAAGUACAAGUUGGUUAUGCCAUAUGGAGGAAUCAACCAUUUUGCCUUAAUGGUUUCCAAUUUGUACUUUUUCUCUUUAGAGAUAUUAAUCACACCAUCUUACCAAGAAAACGUCAGAAUCACGUAUAACAUAGUUUGUUAUAUUAGGUUUUAUUUGAUUGAAAUCUGAAUUAAAAUCUGUGAAAUGGUGGGGCAAAUUAAAAACGAAGUAAAGUUAAGUAAUUGUUCAUUUUAAGUGACAUAUUUGAUUAUUUAGUGGAUGUAAGAAGUAAGUCAGGUCAGGAACAGGCAUGAGACGAGUAGUGUGAUACUGGUCUAUGAAUAUUAAUGUAAUUCGCAACGAUCUGGUAGUUUGUGUGUCGUUCAAAGGGACACGAGUCCCAUGCAAUAAAUAAACUAGACCAAUAUUUAGAAUGUUUUACAGUGCUUUACUGAAAUUAUGUGCUGAUAUUGUAUUUGUAUUGUAAAAUAUUUUGAUUGCUAGCUAAGUUGGUAGGGUAUGUUACCAUUUUGUUGUCUGCUAUUAAUAUUUAUUUAGUGUACCUAUAAAGUUAUGUAACGGUUUGAUAUAAUUAUUAAUUGAAACAUAAUUAAAGACUGCCUAAAUUAAUUAUUCAAUAUAAUUGACGUGUAAAUUUAAAGAAUUGUUUAAAUUUUCCAUUAUGUCACACGAUAGAUUGUACUCCCGUGAAAAUAGUGGCGCGCGCGCGCGACCGCGUCCGUCUUCUAAUAGCACUAAACAUGGCCGUUUAGUAAAUCGUACAUAUUUUUUUGUUGUAUUAGCAAGCUCAGUAUUAUGUUAAAAACAUGAAAUGCCAUAAUGUAUGAAAUGAAAUUAUUAUUGUUUGGGAACUAUUUUAUGUUUUAUAUUGUAAUGUUGAAUAUUACUUCUAAGUAAAGUUUUUUUUUAUUAUAUAAAUUACAUAUUAUUGUAAAUUACUUUUAUUUGAGUUAGUCGUAAUGUUCACCGUAUAAUCUGAAUUGCAUGCAUGUACAGUCUACAUUAUGUGUGUCAAGUUUUUUUGUAAUUAUUUUGUAAAAUAAAUAUAGCACGUUAUUUACAACAUAAAA